UGUUGAAACCGGGAGAGGGCUCCUUGCUUCUCUCCUUUUAAAAAUCACCUUUCCUUUGAGAUCUCUGCCCAGGACCUUCUCAUUUCCAGAGGGGAGAUAGAAACACAUCAGGAGCACCUGAAUAGCUGCAUAUGAUGGUGCAUGGACAUAAGGGAUUCAAGUUCCAGAACUGGGCAAAGACCUAUGGCUGCCACCCAGAGAUGUACUUUCAGCCCACAUGUGUGGAAGAGGUCAAACAGGUGUUGGACCUAGCCAGGCAGCAAAACAAACGUGUGAAGGCAAUUGGGGGAGGCCAUUCACCCUCAGAUAUUGCCUGCACUGAUGGCUUCAUGAUCCAUAUGGGAAAGAUGAACCGGAUCCUCAAGGUAGACAAGGAAAAGCGUCAAGUCACGGUGGAAGCUGGCAUCCUCCUGAGGGACUUGAAUGUGGAGCUGAGCAAGCAUGGCCUGGCACUUGCCAACUUGGGAGCCGUGUCAGACGUCACUGCUGCUGGUGUGAUUGGCACAGGGACCCACAACACGGGAAUCAAGCAUGGCAUUUUGCCGACUCAGGUGGUGGCAUUAUCUCUGCUGACAGCAGCAGGUACAGUAAUCGAGUGCUCGGAGACCAGCAAUGCGGACUUAUUCAAGGCUUCCCUCGUGCACCUGGGCUGCCUUGGUAUCGUCCUCACCGUCACCUUCCAGUGUGUGCCGCAGUUCCAUCUGCAAGAGACUUCCUUUCCUUCCACCCUUAAGGAGGUUCUGGACAAUUUAGACAGCCAUCUCAAGAAAUCUGAAUAUUUCCGAUUUCUUUGGUUUCCCCACAGUGACAAUGUCAGUGUCAUCUACCAAGACCACACCAACAAGCCACCCGCCUCGGCGGCCAACUGGUUCUGGGACUAUGCCGUUGGAUUCUACCUUCUGGAGUUCCUGCUCUGGGUCAGCACCUUCCUGCCCCGCCUCGUGCACUGGAUCAAUCGCUUUUUCUUCUGGCUUCUAUUCUCCAACAAGGUGGAGAGCAGUGAUAUCAGCUACAAGAUUCUCAACUACGAGUGUCGUUUCAAGCAGUACGUCCAGGACUGGGCCAUCCCCAUUGAAAACACAGCGGAGGCCAUGCUGGACCUGAAAACCAUGCUGGAGAAGAAUCCCAAGGUGGUGGCCCAUUUCCCCGUGGAAGUGCGGUUCGUGAAGGGAGAUGACAUCCUACUCAGUCCAUGUUUCCAGAAGGACAGUUGCUACAUGAACAUCAUCAUGUACAGGCCCUAUGGAAAGGAUGUCCCACGCCUAGACUAUUGGCUGGCCUAUGAGCGCAUCAUGAAGAAGGUUGGAGGAAGGCCCCACUGGGCCAAGGCACACACCUGCACCCGGAAAGACUUCGAGGAGAUGUAUCCAUCGUUUCAGAAAUUCUGUGCUAUCCGGGAAAAAUUGGACCCCACUGGAAUGUUCCUGAAUGCAUACUUGGAGAAAGUGUUUUAUUAAGAAAAGAGAGAAUAUGUGAAAUAAAUCUGGCUGCUUGCUCUAA